AUGUCGACCCCUUCGACUGUCACCGCCACUCACCCAUCGCGUCACACCCACUAUGCGUACCCGCACCAGCCAUAUCACAACUCGGCCAAUUCCUACGUUUAUCCUACGAACACCACUGAGACCUCCUCCCAGCCUAAUAGUGAAACUCUCCCUCUCCUCGCGCCGCCAAAACCCAUCUCCACCUCCUCCAUAAACCAUUACCAGGCCAACAUGGCGCCCCACCAGACGCUGCCGUCAUCUUCUGCUAUACUACCUACUGCCCAAAGCCGGAGGAGAAAACCAGACUGGGCCGAGUUCUACAAGAAUGGGGUGCCGAAAGAAAUAAUAGUCAUCGACGACGAUGACGACGAUGUCCGUCCAGACAACGCGAACAGCCAGGAAAUCAAUCCUACAUCCACACGCCAAAAAUUUCCACUCUCACAUACCGCUGCGCGGUCUGGCAUCGCGUCCGGCAUUAAUGACAUCAAUGGCACCUCCCACGCAGCCCCUGCAACCAAACGAAGACGGACCGGCAUGGAAACCGCAAUUGAUAUGUCAUACUAUGACCGGCCCACGUUUUCCAUCCACCCACAGCAAUACGGCGAAGAUUCGUCAGGCGCCUCUGUCUCUACGGAUCGAACGGCCUCGCUGCACACGACUGCCCCAACAUCAAUGGGCUCCCACGGUAGUGACCCGUCAACCAAUAUUUAUUUAGAAGACACUGCUGCCAUUGGCCAGAAGCGGAAGCGGGUGGUGACUCGUAAAUCUGCUCGUGAUGAACAGAAACGGAGGGAAUUGGAGGUUUCUGGAGAUGCAUUUAUCAGUUAUAUACCCCCUCCGAAACCUCCCAUAAAGGCUAAAGAAGUGCCUGUGCCAGUAAUCCGAGAUUACCAUUCUAAAAACCAGAAGGUGGACGAUGAUGAUGGACACUACAUUGUCACCCCAAACACUGAUUUAACAGAGAGAUAUUCCAUCAUCAAACUACUCGGUCAAGGGACCUUUGGAAAGGUGGUGGAGGCAUAUGACAGACAAAAGAGAAUACGCUGUGCCGUCAAGAUCAUCCGGGCAGUGCAGAAAUACAGAGAGGCCUCUCGGAUCGAACUGCGGGUGCUCUCCACGUUGGCCUGUAACGAUAGAGCUAAUCGCAACAAAUGCAUCCAUCUCCGGGAUUGUUUUGACUUUCGAAAUCAUAUCUGCAUCGUGACAGAUCUCCUUGGCUCGAGUGUCUUCGAUUUCCUCAAGGGCAACGGAUUCGUGCCAUUUCCAAGUAGUCAUAUUCAGAGCUUUGCUCGACAGCUCUUUACCAGCGUUGCCUUCCUCCACGAUCUCAACCUGGUCCACACAGAUCUAAAGCCCGAAAAUAUCCUCCUAGUCAGCAAUGCCUACCAAACCUUCACGUACAACAGACCUGUACCAUCAGCUUCUCAUACCUCCUGUCGAAACGCCCGACAACGGCGUGUUCUCCUGGACAGCGAAAUCCGGCUAAUCGACUUCGGAUCCGCAACUUUUAACGACGAGUACCACUCGUCCAUCGUCUCGACGCGUCAUUACCGGGCACCGGAAAUCAUCCUGAACCUAGGCUGGAGUUUUCCCUGUGAUAUCUGGAGCAUCGGCUGUAUCCUUGUGGAAUUUUACACAGGUGACGCCCUCUUCCAAACUCAUGAUAACCUCGAACAUCUGGCUAUGAUGGAGAGUGUCUGUGGGGGGAAGCUCGAUGCGAAACUUGUCAAACAGGUUAUGCAGGGUCGUGGUGGGAGUGUCAAUGCAGCAUCUAAAUACUUCAUCCGGAACAGACUGGACUACCCCAAUGUCGAAACAUCGAAAGCAUCAAGGAAAUACGUCCGUGCCAUGAAACAGCUCCAUGAAUUCAUUCCAGCGACGACUCCUUUCAACAAACACUUCCUCGACCUCCUCCGCCGCAUCUUCGUCUAUGAUCCCAAAUCGCGCAUCACGGCAAAACAAGCGCUCAAACACCCCUGGUUCAAGGAAUCGAUCAUCGACGACGGCACCGAGGCGCUGAGGAUCGGGCAGCAGAUCCGUAAAGACCUUGCCGCAGCAACAGUGUCGGCUUCGAAAUAG